AUGCCAGGUGCUAAUCUUGAAGCAGAAUAUCAGUGGAGGAUCAACACAAUCAACACAGAAGUUGCAUUCUGUGGCAUGGAGAAAGGGCGGCCCUCGCACUGGCUCACACAGACCCGUGGCCAGCCCACAGUUGAUGAUGACCCUUGUCCUCCGACCAAGUGGCAGAGGUGCUCAGUGAAGAAUAACACUGAGGUCCUCUUGCACCAAGCAAUGGAGUCUGUGCAGGCCAAGUCUACAGCUGAACAGCCUCAGACCUGCUUUCAGCCUCGCGUUUGCUUUCUCUGUGUUGGGAAUCCUAGUUGCGCGCUGGAGGACCGCAUUAUGAAAUACACAACAUCCAGAUCACUUACAAGGCACUUUCUACAAAGACAUAUCAACCCUCCAUGGCCGGCCACUGGGGUUGAGUGCAAUGUUUGUGAGGGGAAGGUGCUCCCGGCCAAAUCUACUCUUCUAAGUCAUGCAGAGGAGGCCCAUGGAACUGUUGUGCGGGGUCGCGCUCGGGAGAAACUGGUGUUGGAAUAUCAACAGAGCCUAGAGAACUAG